CAGUGAGUACAGCGAAUUUGCCUAUUAUCUGUUACCAUCUGCUAUUAGCAAUCCGUCAAAGUAUUUUACUAUUCCUAUACUCAAUUUUCUAGGUUUUCUUUCUGUUCCCACAAAUCAAAUUCUCUUCUCUCGCUGAUCAGUGGUCCGCAGGGCGUUAUUCCAUCUCGAAUUCUUUCAAUUGAAUUUCGUUACUCUAAUCUAAUGGAUGAUGGGGAGCUUGAAUUUUCUAACCAAGAGAUGUUAUCGAGUCCUCCGUGUAUUGGUGAAUUUCCGGACACUAGCUCAAUGGGGAGCUUUUGGAACGAUAUUCUGAGUGAUACCCAUGCUUGCACUCAUACCCACACUUGCAACCCACCUGGCCCUGAUAACUCUCAUACACACACUUGUUACCAUGUUCACACCAAAAUAGUACCUGCUCCAAGUGAGGAUAAGGCACCCAGUGAUGAUACUGCAGAAUCUGCAGACAAGAUAGCGAAGAAACGACCUUCAGGCAAUCGGGAAGCAGUCCGCAAGUACCGGGAAAAGAAGAAGGCUAGGGCUGCUUCAUUAGAGGAUGAAGUUGUCAGACUGAGGACUAUUAAUCAGCAACUGCUGAAGAGACUCCAGGGCCAGGCAGUGCUGGAAGCUGAGAUUGCCAGGCUAAAGUGUUUGCUUGUGGAUAUUAGAGGAAGGAUUGAAGGUGAAAUUGGAUCAUUUCCAUACCAAAAGCCUGUGAAGAGUGGUGAUUUAUAUCCGAAUCUUGCUAACCCUACCUUGCCAGGGGCAUAUAUUAUGAACCCCUGCAAUAUGCACUGUAACGAUCAAGUUUAUUGCCUCCACCAUGGUUCAGAAGGUAAAAGCUCAGAGGGCGCAACAUUGAACAACCAAGGCACCAGUAAUUGUGAAUUUGAGAGUCUGCAAUGUUUUGGCAAUCAGACUUCUGGUCUGAAGGAGCUUCCUGGGUGCGGAGUGGGCAGCAAUAUGUCUACUCGUAAUGCCAAGAAAAAAGUGGUGGCACAAGCAUCAGAAAGUAGUUGAAGAAUUAGAGCAGAGUCAAGUGUGGCCUUCCUCUCCCAUCUUGAAUCCAUCCAUAGAUCAGUCAAUGGAUGUCAUUGCUUCCAGAGAAGCCUGGGUUAUUGGAGCUAGCAAGCAUGGUGCAUGGAGUGGAUCAAACAGUUUUUCGGCCAUUUACUCUUAAAUCUUAUGUUAUGGCGAUUCUUUUAUGGAUUCUGUUUCUUCUUAUUGACUUGGAAAAAUGUGUAUUCUUUCCCAAUUGAUGAGAUUUUCGGUCAGUGAAUUAUUAUUGUCUUUA